AUGAGGGCUUUAGCAGUGCUUGUAAUGACUCUUUCCUUGAUAAACCAUGCGAAAUCACAAGAAAAUUCUGAUUCCGGUUCCAAAUUCCCCCACCCAAACUCUAGUCCGGUGUUCAUUGCAGGAGUCCUCUCUGUGGUGUUCACUGCGAUUCUUCUUGUUUUCCUCUAUGUAAAGUUUCUUCACCGACUUCCGCUCGAGCUCCUGAGGCAUGAAAACUCCAACUCCACUGGAGUUCAGUUGAGAUCUUCAGGGUUCGAGAAAAGUGCAAUCGACGCCCUCCCUUUCUUCAGGUUUUCCUCGUUGCGAGGAUCAAAAAAGGGCCUAGAGUGCUCGAUUUGCCUAUCGAAGUUCCGAGAUAUCGAACUCCUCCGUCUGUUGCCUAAGUGCAAGCACGCAUUUCACACGGCUUGCAUUGACCAGUGGCUGGAAAGCAACUCCAGCUGCCCCUUAUGCCGAUACCCCUAUGAUCUGAGAGAGCUCAUGCAUUCUGCUAAUUCAGAGAGCAUGAGAUUCGGUGAAUGUUCUUCUAACUUGUCGGAGAAUCCUGGCCUCAAAGUCUUUGUUCAGAGAGAACAGGAUGAUCAGGAAACAACGAGGCUCAGCCUCGGAAGCAGGACCCGCGAUUUUAGCGAAAGCAACAGAGAUGGUCAUCCAAAUUCCUUUCACAAGUUUAAGCAUAAGAUCAUCCUCUCUGACAUGACUAUCAGGAACAGAUGGAGUGAUGUUAAAUCUUCAGAUUUGCUGUUCCUCAGCUCGGAGAUGCUUCGUUAUUCAUCAAGUGAGAGAUUUUCGCCCACGGAGUCGAGCGAUGGAGGAGCUGACCGAAACAAAAUAAGCUGA